GGCCGUGAAUAUGAAACCUUUCCUUCCAGUUCUGCUGCUGACGUUGCUCUGCAAACUUCCACCAGGGUUUCCUUCUGAGGACAACUCGACUUUUAACUCCUCUUCCUUCAGAGAACUACUCAUCUCAUCAUUCCAAGAGCGCCUUUGGACGGUGAAUAACGGUGGACAGAGACGGACAACUUCCCUGCACUCCAGGCUCAGCUUCAGGUUUAAUUCACACACUGAGUCUCAGGAGAUUUCCAGGGCUGGAGAGGUUUUCCACUCUGCUCUACAAGUCCUGAAAAACAGAGCAGAGCAGAAAUACCAAAGGAACGUCACAGUAUCUGAACUGCUGUCAUGGGAAGACUUGGAGCUGCUAGCAGAGCUGUCUCAGUGUCCAAAUGAGACAAAUCCCGUCAUCUGUGAAGGAGGUCACCACAGCAAAUACCGCACCGCUUCAGGAGUCUGUAACAACAGGGAACAUCCCGACUGGGGAGCAGCCAACACGGCCUUGGUCCGGUGGCUUCCAGUGGAGUAUGAGGACGGAGAGGAAGAACCCAAAGGCUGGAAUCCAGAACGGCUCCAUAAUGGAUUCCAUCUUCCUCCGCCUCGGAGCAUCAGCAGGGAAAUAAUAAGGAGCUCCUGUAAAUGGACAGACGAUGACUACUCUCAGCUGCUGGUGGACUGGGGUCAGUACAUAGAUCAUGAUGUAACCUUCACGCCGCAGAGCAUCAGCGGCGCUGCUCUCUGGACGGAUGUGGACUGCAAUAAGACCUGUGAAAACCUGCAUCCUUGUUUUCCCAUUCAGACUGAGGAUUCGCUCUGCAUGCCUUUUCACCGGUCCAGCCCAGACUGCCCCAUCAGGUCCAUGUCUGACAAACUCCAAACUCUGCAGCGACAGCAGCUGAAUGCCAUCACAUCCUACCUGGAUGCUUCUCUCGUUUACGGCCAUACUCCACGACUUCAGAGCGCCCUCCGUAAUCUCACGGGCCUCAAUGGAAAACUCUCGAUCAACAACCAAUUCAAGGACCAACAUGGAAGAGCUUACCUUCCCUUCGUCACUAAGACGCCGUCGGCAUGCCGCACAGAUCAACAGGGAGAAAGAGUGGAGUGUUUCCGGGCUGGAGACAGUCGGGUCAAUGAGGGUCUUCCUCUGAUUGCUUUGCACACUCUGUGGCUCAGGGAGCACAAUCGAAUUGCAGAGAUAUUGAAGUGCAUCAACGAGCACUGGAGCCCUGAGGUGGUGUUCCAAGAAACACGCAAGAUCAUCGGGGCCCUGCACCAGAUAGUAACAAUGAGGGAUUAUGUCCCAAAAAUAAUUGGUGUGCAGUUGUUUGAACGUUACGUGGGACCCUACCGGGGAUACGAUCCAUCUGUGGAUGCCUCGGCCUCCAACGUGUUUGCUACUGCAGCGUUCAGGUUUGGUCACGGCACCAUCCCGCCUCUCCUCAGCAGGCUGAACGAGAGCUUCCAGGAACACCAGCACUUCCCCCACCUGAGACUUCACGCGUCUUUCUUCAGUCCUUGGAGGAUCGUUAAAGAAGGUGGUAUCGAACCAACAUUAAGGGGUAUGAUUGGAUCAGCGGCACCAGUUGCUAGUCCAGACUCCCUGUUAGUGGAGGAGGUAACAGAGACCCUGCUGGUCCUGGAUUCCCCACAGCACAUGGAUCUGGCCUCACUGAACCUGCAGAGGGGACGGGACCACGGACUCCCAGGAUACAACGAGUGGAGGGAAUUAUGUGGCUUGAUGCGCGUAGCUACACUGGAUGACCUCGCAGAAGCGGUUGGGGAUCGCAGAGUUGCUGAGAAGAUACUUCAUCUUUACAAGCAUCCAAACAACAUCGAUGUUUGGCUUGGAGGACUCGUGGAAACCAUCCUCCCAGGCUCUAGAACCGGUCCGCUGUUUGCCUGUCUGAUCGGAAAGCAAAUGAAGUCUCUCCGUGACGGUGACAGGUUUUGGUGGGAAGCCGAAGGUGUUUUCACUCAGCAGCAGAAGGAGGAGCUUUUGAAAUCUUCUCUUUCUCGAAUUAUUUGCGACAACACAGACAUACAGGAGAUCCCUGAAGAUCCCUUCAGGUUUGGUCAGUACCCUGCUGCUUAUGUUCCCUGCAGUGAGAUACCGUCCAUGAGGCUGGAGGCCUGGAGAGAGGAGAAGAGUCAUGACCUGCAACUGUGUGGCUCUCCAAGGCAGAUCAAGAAUGGAGAUUUUAUAUUUUCCUCCAAAUCUGGCAAAUUGACCGCUCUGUACUCCUGUUACCAUGGUUUCAGAUUAGAGGGUGCCGCUGAAAUAGUUUGCGAAGAAACUGGGUGGAAUGAUGAGCCCCCUCUGUGCACAGGAGAGCAGCUUGGAUAAUUUUCAGACUACGGCAAAAAGUUGAUACAUCCCAGUGAACUUUCCACUUGUUUGAUCCGAUGGAGUCCAAAGUUCUCAGUGCUGCAGACCGACUGGACUUUCUCAUCGUCCCAUAUAUUGGCGAACGGGAUGAACGCUCUCAAAAGACUAAUUUUUAUGCUGCAAAAAGAAGCUGAGGGGUUCCAUAAAACUCUGAACGGCCAUAUCUGUCCAACAUGUCCCGCCACGUCUCCUAGGUUUCACCAAAAAGACAGUUAGCUUGAUGCCACACUGCAAAAACGAUCUAGAAAUAAGUAAAAGUUCCUUAAAUCAAGUAU